GAAUAGGUCGUUGCGCUGUACGGCAAUAGGGGGAACGGAUUCUCUUCGCUCCCGGUUCGCAAUCAAAGAUGUUGCCUUCCCUUCAGGAGUCCGUGGACGGCGAUGAGAGAGAGCUGGAGAGCAGCGAGGAGGGAGGCGGUUUGCCCGAGGAACGAAAACCGGAGCGUAGCAGCAACAGUUACCACUGCUUGUACGGCUACCGAGGCUCCGGAUUACACCAAGGAUCAGGCAGUGAUGUUGGGAGUCCAAGCAAAUCAUCAGUUGAAACAUCUCCAGAGGACUUCAGCCUUUCAUUGGUGGAUACUAAUUUACCAACUGAAGCUGAGUUGGAGUUGCGUGGUUUGGUGGCCAAGCAUCUUAACAAAGGAGCUUUAUUUGAAGGGAUGGGCAAUGUUAUAUCCGUCGAGUUAAGCAUUCCAGAAACUCGAGUUGGUUGUUAUUACUGCGUGCUCCAGCCGGAAAAAUGUGCAGAAGGAGCUGAUCCUGAAUCGAGAGAGAGUCCUUUGGAGUACGUCAUCUGUUUUUUAGGAGGCUCAGAGAAGGGACUUGAACUAUUCAGACUUGAGCUUGAUGGAUACAUUCAAGAUAUGAAGACUUGUUUAGAUUCACAGCAAAGCAGCCCGGAGACCUGCAUUCAACCGCUCCUGAAGACUUGGUUUGAGGAUGUGGUGUGCCCUAUUCAGAGGGUGGUGAAGCUUUUCCAGGAGAAACUUGCCUUUGUGUUACAUGCUGCUCUGAGUUGCACUCCGGUUGAAGUGAAUGGAUCUGAAGAAAGGACAGAGAAGGAUAUUAACAGGUUCCUUCGAGCAGUGAGUCUUCAAGCUCUGGUCAGGGAAACGAUGACAACAUCCUUAUGCACAGCCUCAGCUACAGAGGAGCAAUGCAAAUCCGUGGUGAUUGACUUGAAUAGUCCACAGCUUUGCUUCCAUGGUGCAGGAACAAAUAGGUUCUGUGAAGAUUGGACACAAGCAUUUCUGAAUGUUUCCGAAGGGGGGAAUCCCUUCCUUUUUCGGCAAAUACUGGAAAAUUUUAAAUUGAAGGCCAUACAGGACGUCAACAACCUGAAGCGGUUCAUCCGGCAGGCAGAAAUGAGCCAUUAUGCCUUGUUCAAGUGCUACCUGUUUCUCAAAAACUCCGGCAGCGGCGAUGUGCUCUUGAAGAUUGUCAAAGUAGAAUACGCAGAAAUGCAGGAAGCCCGGAAUGUCAUCAGUGUGCUGGAAGAAUUCAUGAGGGAUCAGCUGGGAGCUUAACUCAUCUUUCUGAACCGAGGGAGGCUUGUCCAGGACCAAGCCAGCCUGCUUCCCUGUAGAAUCACAGUGCUUGAGCGUGCAGGCCCGUUUUGUGUUAAAUCAUGGGAACUUCAUCGUGGAGGGCUGCACUUAGUCCUGGCUCCCCACAAUACACAAACAUGUGGUCCAAAAAAGAAAACCCUUCUCACAGCAUCUACUGUGAGGUAGAGUUAAAUUGGUAUUUGUUGGUAUGGGAACAAGCGGUGUGUUCAGGCGCUCACCCUCUUCCCUGCUUUCCCGUGCCUGUCUGGCUUGUAAAACCACAGUUUGUUUCUCUAGGGCAGUGUUUCUCAACCUUGGCGACUUUCAGUCCUGUGGACUUCAACUCCCAGAAUCCCCCAGCCAGCAUAGCUAGGACUGAAAGUCACCAAGGUUGAGAAACACUGCUCUAGGGUAUCCAAACUCUGGUUUUGGGCUUUCCUUAUAGACCACAGUCGAAAGCAGGAUCAAUCUGGAGCUUGCAGUCCCUACAUGCUAGCCUGCAAUUUUCAGUAAGGACCAGCUGCUGUAGACAAAGGACAAUGGGGUUGAUCUAGACUUCAGCAUUGUGUGGAUCCAGGCUAUACUUUCUGGAGACCAAAUAAGACGAAAUAUGUGGCUUUGUCAUUAUUAAUUGUGUGGAAGUGCCAGUGAAGAAGCCCAAAUGGCUUAUGGGCAGAUACAUGUACAGAUCCUGGCUAACCAAAACCAGAAAAGCUGCACAUCUGGAUCAAACAUAUAGAUUUUCCCCCAUUCUAUCUUGCUGCUUCACACACAGAAACACCUCCCAAACAACAAGCUAUUUAUCUUAAUGCAUGCAUCCUCUCCCAGUCCAUCAAGGUGUCUGAACUUGGAGCCCCGAAUAAAUUACACAUUGGUCAAAUUAAUUAUUAGUUAUUUAUAUUUGUACUUGUAAAACUUGACCCCAUUUUUACAAGUUGUAGAUAAUGGGGUUUUGGUGAGGUAUGCUUAUAUCAACCACUCGGUGGGGGUGGGGGUGAGAGAAAGCGGAACAGUACAUCCGAAAUAAAAUCUAUGCACAAAAAUUGUUCGUGGAAAACUAUACUUACAUACACGAUAGAAAAAUAUUUUGACAUUUCUUACAUCAUGCUGCUUUGCAAGCACACUCUUUGCUUGGAAUAGCCCUUGAUGGGAAAAGCAUGUUCUAUUCAGCAUAUUUUUAAGGCAGAAUCACUUCGUUUUGGUGCUAUAACAAUAAGCCAUGGAGGAAGAUAUUAACUGCGUAGGAAAAUAAAGGUUGAUACUUCUUGCAUUUGCUAAUUCAGUGUACAUUGUGGGGCGGUGGAAUCAACACAAGUGACUAAUAAUGAGUAUUAAAUUUGGCGAACAUUAAUGUAAUUUUGCUGCACAAAUUCAACCUGUAAAAUUCUGUGAGCUCUUGAUUUGCAUUCUGUUUGGAGAUCUUGGAGAGGCUCAGAAAGCUUUUUUUAAUCGCGGGACUGUUGAGUAAUUAGGACAUUAAAUGCAUUCACCUUCAAGCAAG